AUGAUACACUCGUUAAUUUAUACGCUGGCUAUGCUAGUCAGCUUCUCAUGUGCUUUUCCUCUGCAUUUUCACAGGCAUGAGUUGGAGAAACGUCAGGUCAUCACGAGAGUCCACACAGCCAGUACUACCAACACUGUCACCGACUUCUACUCCACUACUACCAGGAUUGUGGUCGCCCCAACCGUGGAAUUUAUCAUCAGCGGAAGUGCAACAUACACCACAACGUUGUUUCCAGAGGGGGCAGACGCAACAGCUCUGCCUACUGCUACUUUAACGACUGUGGUUCAAGUGAAAAAUGUCGAUAUUUCGGCAAACUCCGGUGCAGGUGGUCAGGACGCUCAAGCGACUACCUUGGCGCAGAAUGCUGCCUCUGCCCCAGUGACUGCCUCGGCUCAGAAUGCUGCUCCUGCCCCAGUGACUGCCUCGGCUCAGAAUACUGCUCCUGCUCAAGGAACUACUUCGGUACAAGGUUCUGCUCCUGCCCAAGCUGGUCCAGAAGCUGCCACAACGGCAGCUGCUCAGACUAGUGCCCCAAGUGCCAAAGAAGUGCAAUACACUGUAACGACACCAGCAGGUGUUCAGCCCACGAUAUCUACAGCCGACCAUCAAGAGACCACAACAUUGCAAGGUAAUCAAGCCGGAGCCAGCGAGUCAGCCUCGUCCCAGAGUUGGAAAGAUGCUAUCGGUGAAAGCGUGGUUUAUACAUCAGCAGUUACUCAGCCGCCUGCCCAAGUACACUCGACAACGCCAACGACUUCUUCGACGUUCAGCGAUGCUGAAAAAUCCGAAACGACAUCUUUCACCUCGGCAACAAGUUCGUCCAGCGAUCACGCUGCUACUUCAACCACUUCUGCCGCAACCUCUCAGACAAACACAGCUAAUUCAGGGAAUAAUGAUCUUGCCGGAAACGUCCCCGUCGCAUUUACUUACUCUCCAUAUAACUCGGAUGGCAGUUGUAGGUCGGCUGAUAACGUUUACAAGGACUUACAGAUGAUAAAAUCCCAUGGCGUUUCACAGGUUCGCAUAUAUGGUACAGACUGUAAUUCGCUACAGACAGUUCAACCGGCAUGCGCCAAGCUGGGAAUCAAAAUUAAUCAAGGCCUAUGGAUCGAUUCAAGUGGAGUCGAGUCAAUCAAUGAUGGUGUCAAGGGUAUUAUUGAAUACGGUCAAAAAAAUGGUUGGGACAUAUUUGAAUACAUUACAGUCGGUAAUGAAGCCAUCAUUUCUGGCUUUUGCAGUGUUAGCGAUCUGAUUUCCAAAAUUCAAUCUGUCAAAGCCCAAUUAAGGGCCGCUGGUUACUCAGGCUCUGUAACCACCAGCGAGCCCCCCGUCUCUUUUGAAAACCACCCUGAAUUGUGCACUUCAUCCGCCAUUGAUUUCGUCGGUAUCAAUCCCCACUCAUACUUUAACACUGAGAUCGAUGCAGCCGGCGCAGGCGCAUUCGUCGAGGGCCAGGUCGAAUUGAUAAAGAAAGUUUGUGGCACUUCUAAUGUUGUGGUGACUGAAACAGGCUAUCCAAGAACAGGUAGCACGAAUGGUAAAAAUGUUCCAUCCGCUGCCAAUCAAAAGGUAGCCAUCGAGUCAAUUCUUUCAAAGCUCAACAACCAGGUCACAAUAUUGUCAUACUUCGACGACUUGUGGAAAAAUCCCGGUCCGUAUGGUAUUGAACAAUCUUUUGGCAUUCAGUCUCUCAUGGGAUAA